CCUGCCUUCCUCGCCGCGGCGCUUCGGCCCCAUGGACGCCCUGUGCGGCUCCGGGGAGCUCGGCUCCAAGUUCUGGGACUCCAAUCUGUCCGUGCACACAGACAACCCGGACCUCACUCCCUGCUUCCAGAACUCCCUGCUGGCCUGGGUCCCCUGCAUCUACCUGUGGGUCACCCUCCCCUGCUACCUGUUAUACCUGCAGCACCACCAUCAAGGCUACAUCAUCCUCUCCCCCCUCUCCAGGCUCAAGACGGCCUUGGGCUUCCUGCUGUGGUGCGUCUCCUGGGCUGACCUCUUCUACUCCUUCCAUGGCCUGGUCCACGGCUGGGCCCCUGCCCCCGUCUUCUUUGUCACCCCCUUGGUGGUGGGGGUCACCAUGCUGCUGGCCACGCUGCUGAUCCAGUACGAGCGGCUGCGGGGGGUGCAGUCCUCAGGGGUGCUCAUCAUCUUCUGGUUCCUGUGUGUGGUCUGUGGCGUCAUCCCCUUCCGCUCCAAGAUCCUUUCUGCCUUGGCCAAGGGCAAGAUCUCAGACCCCUUUCGCUUCACCACCUUCUACAUCCAGUUCGCCCUGGUGCUCUUUGCUCUCGUCCUGUCCUGCUUCAGGGAGAAGCCGCCGCUUUUCUCCCCAAAAGAUGUCGACCCUAACCCCUGCCCAGAGGCCAGCGCUGGCUUCCUCUCCCGCCUGUGUUUCUGGUGGUUCACAAAGAUGGCCAUCCUCGGCUACCGGCGCCCCCUGGAGGAUCAGGACCUCUGGUCCCUGAACAAGGAGGACCGCUCGGAGAAGGUGGUGGAGAGGCUGCUCAAGGCGUGGAACAAGCAGCAGAAGGGGGCAGCGCGACACAAGCCUGAGGCGGCAUCUGGGAAGACAGUCUCCAGUGAGGAUGAAGUGCUGCUGGGGGCCCGGCCCAGGCCCCCGGAGCCCUCCUUCCUGAAGGCCCUGCUGGCCACCUUUGGGCCCAGCCUCCUCAUCGGCACAUGCUUCAAGCUGAUCCAGGACCUGCUCGCCUUCGUCAAUCCACAGCUGCUCAGCAUCCUGAUCAGAUUUAUUUCAAACCCCAUGGCCCCCGCCUGGUGGGGCUUCCUGGUGGCUGGGCUGAUGUUCGUGUGCUCCGUGAUGCAGACUCUGAUCCUACACCAGUAUUGCCAGUGCAUCUUUGUCAUGGGGUUGAGGAUUCGUACGGCAGUGGUAGGCGUCGUCUACAGGAAGGCUCUGAUCAUCACCAAUUCAGUCAAACGUGAGUCCACUGUGGGAGAAAUUGUCAACCUCAUGUCAGUGGACGCCCAGCGCCUCAUGGAAGUUGCCCCCUUCCUCAACCUGCUGUGGUCAGCACCCGUGCAGAUCAUCCUGGCAAUCUACUUCCUCUGGCAGAACCUGGGGCCCUCCGUCCUGGCUGGAGUUGCUCUUAUGGUCUUGCUGAUCCCACUCAAUGGAGCUUUGGCCAUGAAGAUUCGUACUUUCCAGGUAAAGCAAAUGAAAUUCAAGGACUCGCGCACCAAGCUGAUGAGUGAGAUCCUGAGUGGCAUCAAGGUGCUGAAGCUGUAUGCCUGGGAGCCCAGCUUCCAGAAACAGGUGGAGGGCAUCCGGCAGGACGAGCUCCGGCUGCUGCGCAAGGCCGCCUACUUCCACGCCGUAUCUACCUUCAUCUGGACCUGCACCCCCUUCCUGGUGACCCUGAUCACCCUGGGGACAUACGUGUCUGUGGAUGUGAACAACGUGCUGGACGCUGAGAAGGCCUUUGUGACCAUAUCCCUGUUUAAUAUCUUAAAGAUGCCCCUCAACAUGCUGCCCCAGUUAAUCAGCCUUAUGGCCCAGACCAGUGUGUCUCUGAAACGGAUCCAGCAUUUCCUGAGCCAAGAUGAACUUGACCCCAAGUGUGUGGAAAGAAAGACCAUCACCCCAGGCCAUGCCAUCACCAUACACAAUGGCACCUUCACCUGGGCCCAGGACCUGCCCCCCAUCCUGCACAGCUUAAACAUCCAAGUGCCAAAAGGGGCACUGGUGGCCGUGGUGGGGCCCGUGGGCUGUGGGAAGUCCUCCCUGGUGUCUGCCCUGCUGGGAGAGAUGGAGAAGCUGGAAGGCAAGGUGCAUGUGAAGGGCUCCGUGGCUUAUGUGCCCCAGCAGGCAUGGAUCCAGAACUGCACUCUCCAGGAAAACGUGCUGUUUGGCCAAGCCCUGGACCCCAAGCGCUACCAACGGGCCCUGGAGGCCUGUGCCCUGCUAGCUGACCUGGAGGUGCUACCUGGCAGGGACCAGACGGAGAUUGGAGAGAAGGGCAUUAACCUGUCUGGGGGCCAGCGGCAGCGGGUCAGUAUGGCCCGAGCUGUUUACAGCGCUGCCGACAUUUUUUUGCUGGAUGACCCACUGUCAGCCGUGGACUCCCAUGUGGCCAAGCACAUCUUUGACCAAGUCAUCGGGCCAGAAGGUGUGCUGGCAGGCAAGACACGGGUGCUGGUGACGCACAGCAUCAGCUUCCUGCCCCAGACAGACUUCAUCAUCGUGCUGGCUGACGGGCGGGUGUCUGAGGUGGGCACCUACACAGCCCUGCUGCAGCGCAACGACUCCUUUGCCAACUUCCUCCGGAACUACGCACCUGAUGAGGACGAGGAGCACCUGGAGGAGGACCGCAGGGCCGCCUUGGAGAUUGUAGACGAUGAGGAGGCGCUGCCGAUUGAAGACACGCUCAGCAGUCACACAGACUUGGAGAAUGAGCCAGUCAUGUAUGAGGUCCAGAAGCAGUUUAUGAGACAGCUGAGUGCCAUGUCCUCAGAAGGCGAGGGCCAGGGUCGGCCUGUGCCCCGGAGACGUGUGGGUCCAGCAGAAAAGGUUGUGCAGGCAGCAGAGGCAAAAGCGAGCGGGGCAUUGGUCCAGGAGGAGAAGAUGGAGACGGGCACCGUGAAGCUGAGUGUGUUCUGGGAUUAUGCCAAGGCCAUGGGGCUCUGCACAACACUGGUCGUCUGUCUGCUGUACGCUGGUCAGAGUGCAGCUUCCAUUGGGGCCAACGUGUGGCUCAGUGCCUGGACCAACGAGGCUAUGGUGGAGGGUCGACAGAACAACACCUCCCUGAGGCUGGGUGUCUAUGCCGCCUUGGGAAUUCUGCAAGGGCUCCUGGUGCUGCUGGCAGCCGUCACAAUGGUGGUGGGCAGCGUCCAAGCCGGGCGCUUGCUUCACCAGGCGCUGCUACACAACAAGAUGCGCUCGCCACAGUCCUUCUUCGACACGACGCCCUCAGGCCGUAUCCUCAACCGCUUCUCCAAAGACAUCUACGUCAUCGACGAGGCUCUGUCCCCCACCAUCCUCAUGCUGCUGGGUUCCUUCUUCAACUCCCUCUCCAUCCUCGUGGUCGUCAUGACCAGCACACCGCUCUUCGCUGUGGUCAUCCUGCCCCUGGCGGUCCUCUACAUCUUGGUGCAGCGCUUCUAUGCAGCCACAUCACGGCAACUGAAGCGUCUGGAAUCGGUCAGUCGCUCACCCAUUUACUCCCACUUUUCGGAGACGGUAACUGGCACUAGCGUCAUCCGGGCCUACGGCCGCAGCCAGGACUUCCAGGCCAUCAAUGACGCUAAGGUGGACAAGAACCAGAGGAGCUGCUACGUGGACAUUGCCUCCAACCGGUGGCUGGGGAUCCACGUGGAGUUCACGGGGAACUGUAUUGUGCUCUUUGCUGCACUCUUUGCUGUGAUUGGGAGAAGCAGCCUGAGUCCGGGGCUGGUGGGCCUUUCUGUGUCCUACGCCCUACAGGUAACAUUUGUUCUGAACUGGAUGAUACGAAUGAUGUCAGCCUUGGAGUCUAAUAUUGUGGCCGUGGAGAGAGUCAAGGAGUACUCCAAGACGGAGACGGAGGCCCCUUGGGUGGUGGAAGGCAGCCGCCCUCCCGCGGGCUGGCCCUCGCAGGGCGACGUGGAGUUCCGGAAUUACUCUGUGCGCUACCGGCCGGGCCUGGAGCUGGUGCUGAAAGACCUGAGUCUGCGCGUGCGCGGUGGCGAGAAGGUGGGGAUCGUGGGCCGCACUGGGGCUGGCAAAUCGUCCAUGACCCUCGGCCUCUUCCGCGUCCUGGAGGCCGCAGAGGGUGAAAUCUGCAUUGACGGCCUCAACGUGAGAGACAUCGGACUCCAUGACCUGCGUUCUCGGCUGACCAUCAUCCCCCAGGACCCCAUCCUGUUCUCGGGGACCCUGCGUAUGAACCUGGACCCCUCCAGCAGUUACUCGGAGGAAGACAUAUGGCGAGCCUUGGAGCUGUCCCACCUGCAUUCGUUUGUGAGCUCCCAGCCGGCAGGCCUGGACUUCGAGUGCUCCGAGGGCGGGGAGAAUCUCAGCGUGGGCCAGCGGCAGCUCGUGUGCCUGGCCCGAGCCCUGCUCCGCAAGAGCCGCAUCCUGGUUUUAGACGAGGCCACGGCCGCCGUCGACCUGGAGACUGACGACCUCAUCCAGGCCACCAUCCGCACCCAGUUUGAGGCCUGCACGGUGCUGACCAUCGCACACCGGCUCAACACCAUCAUGGACUAUGACAGAGUCCUGGUCCUGGACAAAGGGACAGUAGCCGAAUUUGAUUCUCCAACCCACCUCAUUGCAGCCAGAGGCAUCUUCUACGGGAUGGCCAAGGACGCUGGACUUGCCUAAAGUAUAUUCCUGGGCUUUCCUCCUGGCCACUCCUGGCUUUAUCAGGAAGAGAAAGGACACCAAAUAUGUCUGCAGAAUGGACUUGACAGCAAAUGCUGGGGGCAUCUGUUAGAUUUUGCCCCUGUAAAGUGCCUCACAGGAUAACCGUCACAGCUAGUCUGAGGCAGAGCCCAGACUAGUCCCCGGGUCUCCUGCUCCCCAAUCUCGUGUGAUUCCCAGACUUCACUGUUUUCAAUCAUUUCAUGGAAUGACUUCCCUACCCCCUUUGAUUUUUCAUAUUUUUGACUCUAAAGUUUUUUUUUUUAAAUAAAGCCUUUUCCUCCUGGAACAGAAGACUGCCGGGUCAGGCCGUCCCUAGGAACUGAAUCCUGUACUCUGGGGUGCUGGCCUGAAUCCAUUAAAAAUGGAGCACUGAUGAAAUAAAGCUACGUGGUCAACAGU